UCAGUUUCUUCCAUCAUUUUGUGUAUUAACAUUCUUUCUUCCCCUGUCCUCCACCCUCCCGCUUAUCAUCUUCACUCAUCAGCUGACCACGUUGCCGCUUGCGGUAUAAACUUGUACCAGUCUUACGGUGCUUCUGGCCAGUACAGCCAUGAAUUUGAUGGAGAUGAAGAGUUCUAUGUGGACCUGGGGAGAAAGGAGACUCUCUGGCGGUGGCCUAUGUUGAGCAAAUUUGGAGGUUUUGACCCGCAGGGUGCACUGACAAACAUUGCUCUGAUGAAACACGGCUUGGACAACCUGAUUAAACGCUCCAACUCUACUGCUGCUACCAAUGAGGUUCCUGAGGUCACAGUGUUU